GGAGUGGUGACAGCGCAGGAGCUCCUGGCUGGGGGGAAGGGAGGAAGGAGGAGAAACAAAGGCGAGUGUGCCUGGCGCCGCCCACCAUGUGUCAGUCAGAGGCUCGGCGAGGACCGGAGCUCCCAGCAGCGAAAUGGUUGCACUUCCCCCAGCUGGCACUGAGGCGGAGGCUGGGACAGUUGAGCUGUAUGUCCAGACCUGCCCUGAAACUGCGCUCCUGGCCCCUGACGGUCCUCUACUACCUCCUGCCCUUCGGUGCCCUCAGGCCGCUCAGCCGGGUGGGAUGGAGGCCCGUGAGCAGGGUGGCCCUGUACAAGUCAGUGCCGACGCGCCUGCUGUCGCGGGCCUGGGGCCGCCUCAACCAGGUGGAGCUGCCGCACUGGCUGCGCAGGCCUGUGUACAGCCUGUAUAUCUGGACCUUCGGGGUAAACAUGAAGGAGGCCGCCGUGGAGGACCUGCACCACUAUCGCAACCUCAGCGAGUUCUUCCGGCGCAAGCUGAAGCCGCAGGCCCGGCCCGUGUGUGGCCUGCACAGCGUGAUCAGCCCAUCGGAUGGGAAGAUCCUGAACUUUGGGCAGGUGAAGAACUGCGAAGUGGAGCAGGUGAAGGGGGUCACCUACUCGCUGGAGUCGUUCCUGGGUCCACGCAUCUCCACAGAGGACCUGCCCUUCCCUCCAGCUACCCCCUGCGGCUCCUUCAGGAACCAGCUGGUCACUCGAGAAGGCAAUGAGCUCUACCACUGUGUCAUCUACCUGGCCCCCGGGGACUACCACCGCUUCCAUUCUCCCACUGACUGGACCGUUUCCCACCGGCGCCACUUCCCAGGCUCCCUGAUGUCCGUGAACCCCGGCAUGGCCCGCUGGAUCAAAGAGCUCUUUUGCCACAAUGAACGGGUGGUCCUCACCGGGGACUGGAAACACGGCUUCUUCUCGCUGACGGCCGUGGGGGCCACCAAUGUGGGCUCUAUACGGAUCUACUUUGACCGGGACCUGCACACAAAUAGCCCGCGCUACAGCAAGGGUUCCUACAAUGACUUCAGCUUCGUGACGCAUGCCAACAAGGAGGGCAUCCCCAUGCGCAAGGGAGAGCACCUGGGCGAGUUCAACCUGGGCUCUACCAUCGUGCUCAUCUUCGAGGCCCCCAAGGACUUCAACUUUAAGCUGAAAGCUGGACAGAAGAUUCGGUUUGGGGAGGCUCUGGGCUCCCUCUAG